AUGGAUCACAGCCACAAGCGAGGGGCGGUCUUGGUUUCACGUCAUAUGGAGUCGGGAGUUCCUCGUCAUCCUGCAAAAGUGCGAGCUCAGGGUGAGCACUCGAGGCACUUGCCGCCUUCUGCGCCUCAUAAGGAAGCCAAGAGAGCAAGCCCAAGCUUCUCUGCCAAGAAGCAGGAGCGACAACCAGACUUGCACAUGCACUUGCACUUGCGCUGUCAGAUUCACCGGUAUGGGUAUGGGUAGAGGUAGGUAUGCUCGGUAUGGAGUAGGUCAUGGAUAGUUUCCACUUCCCACCUCAGACCACCGUUGGCUUCCAUGGAGGACCUUGUGGGCUAUCGUAUCGCUAUCGCUACCGCUACCUCAAGAGAAAGACGAUGA